AUGUCAGCUCUUCUCAUUGUUUUUCUUCACUUCAUUGCUGCCGCGACGUUGGAAUCCACUUCUGACAAAGACUCAUCCAUUAAGUACCCACAUCUCACUAGCUGUGUGUCUAACAACAUGGAGACUUUCUACUGUCGAUGGGAUGUUGGAACCAUGCAGAGCCUUUCAAAUUCAGAAGCUGUGCGCUUAUUCUACAUGGCCAAAAUACGCCUGCAACCAUCUUCAAAUGAGUGGCAUGAGUGUCCCCAUUACCCACCGGAGAAAUUAAAUGAGUGUUUCUUCAGUGAAAAUUACACUUACAUUUGGAGCGAAUACAGCAUUCAGCUCAGGUCAAGGGAUAAAACCAUUCUUUAUGAUGAGAAAACUUUCAACGUCGAAGACAUUGUGGAACCAGAUCCGCCUCUCGACCUAAACUGGACAAUGCUGAAUGCGAGUUCGACAGGCAGCUUCUAUGAUAUAUUGCUCAGUUGGUUGCCACCUCCAUCAGCAGACGUAAAGAUGGGAUGGAUGACAUUGGAAUAUGAGGUCCAACAACGUAAAGCAGAUUCUGAACACUGGGAUACGGCUGAACUUGUAAAAAGCACACACCGUACUCUGUAUGGGUUUCAAAGUAAUGUCAAUUAUGAAGUUCGAGUCCGCUGCAAAAGGCAUGGUGGAAAGAAGUUUGGCGAGUUCAGCGACUCUCUAGUUGUCCACGUCCCAUUGGAAGCGUCAAGAUUUCCUGUUGUGGCUUUACUCAUCUUUGGCACCUUGUUCUUGAUAGCCAUCAUGACGUUGGUUAUCUUGUCGCAGCAAGAAAAGUUGAUGGUCAUUCUUCUACCACCUGUUCCUGGACCUAAAAUAAGAGGAAUUGAGCCUGAACUUCUCAUGAAAGGCAAAGUGGAUGAGCUGACAUCCAUCCUGGGUGCCCCCCCUGAAUUGAGGCCAGAGCUGUACACCAAUGACCCCUGGGUGGAAUUCAUUGAUCUGGAUUUUGAGGAGCAGGGAGACAGAAUCGUGAACCUAGACAGGGAUUUGCUCACGGAUCGAUCAUUGCUCUCGAACUUUGCACACCUUUCCAUCGGUUUCAGGGAUGACGACUCAGGCCAUGCAAGCUGUUGCGAUCCUGAUCUUGGUAGUGAUGCGGACACCUCUGGCACCGCUGCUGCUGCUGGACUUUGCUCUGUAACCUCAAUUACCACAGCGGGAAAUACUCCUUUAGAAGUCCCUGUUAGAGAGGCAAUGUAUACGCAGGUGAGCGAAGUUAAGCCAUAUGGCAAGGUGCUGUUGUCUCCUGAAGAUGAAAUGGAGUAUAACACUGCUAAGGAUGCUAAAGAAAUCAAAACAGCAGAAAAUAAGAAGGCCAAGUAUGACUUUCAGCUCGUUGUAUCUUCAGAUCACAGAGGUUACACUUCUGAGCUCAAUGCAGGAAAAAAUAGUCCAACAAGGGAAGACGUAAGUUCCCUCACAUCAUCACCAGAGGACUAUCAGAAACCUUAUCAUGAGUCUGUUACGAAUCCCACAUCCUAUAUCACCCCUAGUCCCGUCUAUACCGUAGUAGAGACUGUCGAUAGGCAAAACAGCCUCGUAUUAACACCAAAUUCGAUACCUGCCCUGGUCGUCUUAAAAGCCUUGCCAACAACAGAUGGCUACCUAACACCAGACCUGUUAGAAAAUAUUACACCUUAA